AUGUCAUCAAUUUGUGUUCCAACUGGCCUCGCAAUCUCCAAACUUUGCAAUUCACCGGACGCUACCAAUUCGCUGCAUCAUUGCACAAGCAGCAAUGUCUGUUUUGAAUUUAAAAUCUUUGCGGAGCAUACACCUUCGAAUCACCCGUCCUCCUUUAAGAACGGCAAUCAAAAACUGUUCCGAGUCAAAUGCAGCGAAUCAGAGACCGUGGCCAAAACGAUUUCGUUGUCAGGAGGUUUUGAGGGGCCUAAAGUUGAUGGGAAUGGAGACGGCGGGAAUGAUCUGUUUCCGCCAAGUGGCGGUGGCAGCGGCGGUGGUGGAGAAGAGGGUGAUGGUGAUGAAGAGGAGUUUGGGCUGAUAAUGAAGUACGAGGAUGUUGUAAAGGAGGCGGAAAGUCGAGGUGCGAGCCUGCCAUCGGAUAUGCUUGAAGCUGCAAAAACCACGGGGCUUCGGGAGUUGAUUCUUGCUCGUUAUUUAGAUUUGCAGGGUUCAGUUGGGCCAUUAGGAUUUCUUAUGAGACAUUGCUCCAUGCUUAGGAAUCGAAUGCUGGCAGAUCCUUCAUUUUUGUUUAAAGUUGGAACAGAGGUGGUAAUUGAUUCUUGUUGUGCAACAUUUGCAGAAGUUAAGCAAAGGGGAAAGGAUUUCUGGGCCGAGUUUGAAUUGUAUGCUGCUGAUCUUUUGGUUGGGAUAGUUGUUGACAUUGCUUUGGUUGGCAUGUUAGCACCUUAUGCUCGUAUAGGCAAGCGGUCAAUUUCCAGUGGUUUUCUUGGACGCGUACAGCAUGUUUGUGGAGCUCUUCCCAGCAGUGUUUUUGAAGCUGAGAGACCGGGAAUCAAGUUUUCAUCACAGCAGCGGAUCGCAACAUACUUUUACAAGGGUGUAUUGUAUGGCUCAGUUGGAUUCGGUUGUGGCCUUAUUGGCCAAGGCAUUGCAAAUAUGAUCAUGACAGCUAAACGGAGUAUAAAGAAGUCAGAAGAAGACAUACCUGUUCCCCCAUUGGUGAAAAGUGCUGCCCUCUGGGGUGUUUUUCUUGCGGUAUCUUCGAACACUCGUUACCAGAUUAUUAAUGGGUUGGAGCGUCUUGUAGAAGCUUCGCCAUUGGCAAAACAGAUCCCACCAGUUGCCAUGGCUUUCACAGUAGGUGUAAGGUUUGCCAACAAUAUAUACGGUGGAAUGCAGUUUGUAGAUUGGGCUAAAUGGAGUGGAGUUCAAUAG